ACACACAAGUUCACAUAAGACGAGUGAGGAAAAGUUAAUUAAUUAUUUGCACGUUAUGGAAGUAGUUAUAGGUGGCAGGAUAUGUUGAGUGCUGGAUGAUGCUAAAAAGUAAAAAUGCUGAAGUGAUUGUCCUUCUACCGAGAUGAACCAGACGUGAGAUGUCAGAGCAGACGACGGUUUCUUAGGCUCAAAACUUAAAUCAAGUUAAUACUCCGUUACAAUGGGAGUCGUUGGCUGUGUGAGGUAUGCAUUAGGAUCUGUAAUGAUGGUGGGUGUGGCUCCAGAGUACCUUGGAGUCUGGUUAGUGUGGCGUGGGAUGAGCCUCGCCCUUCCUCCUUGGGUGUACCAAUGGGGUGAUGAUAAGCUCUACUCCCUCUACCAACGCCUUGUUCUCUUCUUCUUUGAAACUUGCACCAGAGUUGAGGUGGUGAUGUAUGGUGAUGCUGAUGAAGCACUAAAGAAGAAGGAGAGUGUACUGUACCUUGCUAACCACCAGUCAACAGUGGACUGGUUGGUAGCAGACAUGGUAGCUCUGAGGGGUGGAUCCCUGGGUCACUUGCGCUAUGUAAUGAAGGACACCUUGCAGCUCAUGCCCCUCUAUGGCCACUACUUUUAUGCUCAUGGCUGCAUCUAUGUCAAACGAGGAAACUUUAACCAGAGGAAGAUGAUUGCUUCUCUUGACUAUCUCAGAAAUCCUAAUAUACCGACUUGGCUCAUUAUCUUCCCUGAAGGGACUCGAUACUACCCUGGUACACCCAAGGUGAUCCAGAGUUCUGAACAAUUUGCCAGAGACCACAAUCUCCAGAUUGAAUGCAAGCGGAACACUGAUACAUCCGAUGUGGGGGGAAGAGCGGGCCAGGGUGCUGCAGUUCAAAGUCUAGUACUUAAGCAUCACCUAGUGCCAAAAGUGAAGGGAACUUGGUUAGUGACCAAGCAUCUACAUGACAAGUUUGAUGCUCUGUAUGAUGUAUCUGUAUUUUAUGAAGGAACCGUUGAUCAGUCAGGAGUAAGAGGCAAUGCACCACAACUUAUAGAAUUUCUGUUGGGAAAGUGUAAAAGGGUUCACAUUCACAUACGGCGCAUCCCUAUGACUGAAGUGCCACAAGAGGAGGAAAGUCUUAGAGUCUGGCUACAUGGCUUGUAUGCUGAAAAAGAUAAACUAGCAGAGAACUUCUUUUCCAAGGAUGCAACACAGAGGGCUACUGUGCAGAAGACACUUGGAGGAAGAGUUUCCCAUUUGGGGCUUUGGUCUACCCUUUCUUCCUUCAUAUUUUUUACAGCCUUGUCAGUGCCCUUUUUGUGCACAAAGAUGGGACAUCAACUCUACCUUCAUCUACUUAUGUAUGGCACAAUGGGUUCCUAUGCCUGGUUGGCCAUACGCUCUGUUUGCUAGUGCCAUCAGGAGUAAUAGUGAUAUGCACAAAUUGGAUCUUGACCUCAGUGUACUUAUGGCUGUCAAAGGAAUGAUUGGCUGGUUGGUGCUAUGUAGGAUCACAUAUUUUAUUACCUUUUAUAGCUGAACAUGCUUUACUAGAGGCAGACAAAUUAGGUAUGUUUUUUCCCUUGAUAUGGGUAAAUAAAUAACUGCAUAUAGUCAGAAAUAACGGUUUUCAUAGUAACUGAAUGCAUUGGAAAUGUCAACAGUGAUUUUGGUAUUUAUAUUUUGUUCCAAAGUAGAGCCAAAAUGACCUGCAGUGCAGGCUCUUAUUUGGGAAUGAGAAAUCAAUGCAGUAUAAUAAAAUGCCUACUAGUAAAGUCAGUGAAUAUAAAUUUGAUAUAUAAAACCUUAAAACAAAAUUAGUGUGUAAGGACUGCAGCUGUGUAUGGAAUUCUGUAGGUAAAACAAAUAUUUUUUGUAUAUUAAUGUUGGUCGUAUUUUUUUCCAUCUUUUAGUCACUUUUCACUUCAUGUUGGAACUUUUUAGCAUUUUAGUGAAAAAUUCAUUUAUCUCUUUCAGUAGUUGGCUACUGCUAGUUAUAUAUGUAGAUGUUAGAUAAAAGGAGACAUACUUCUGAAAUCAGUUAGUUGAUAUCUUUUGUCUUACACAAUCUUGUUAUGAAGUUGAUAUCUUUUGUCGUACACAAUCUUGUUAUGAAGUUGAUAUCUUUUGUCGUACACAAUCUUGUUAUGAAGAAAAACAAACCAAGGAACAUUGAAUUUGUUUAGAUAUUUAACAUGAGAACCUUUCAUAAAAAUGAUACUCACUUUACAUUUACCAUUAGUGUACAAUGAAGUUAAUGGAGUGAGAAUGGAAGUGCACCAAACUGACAGAUGAUAAUCCUAUGCAACUUGUAAGCUAAGCACAAGUGGAUGUAAACUGUGGAAGGGUACAUUUCUCAACUCUAACAAGGGUUGUCAUCAAUAACAAAAAGGCCAAGCAUCUAACCAUCAUACCUCCAGCUAUUAAGAUGCACUUUCUAUUCAUGAACUAGAAGUCAUAUGUUUGUACUUUAUGUGCUGUUGCUAUCUGAUUUUUUUUUUUUUUUUUUUUCUCUCCCCCCAACAUGUUACUUUACCAGACGAGCUGAUAUUAUUUGUGAUGAUAAUUUCUUAUUAAACUGUUUUCCUGCAUAAAUUUGAUUGCAUUUUAGCAAGGAACAAAUGUUAGAUAUUUUUAUUGUUACUCAUAAUUCAAUACUAUGUAUUCACUGAGAAUGGUAAUGAAGGCAUUAGAGUUCCUGUUUGGCUUUGAUCUUAAUGCUGAUAUUGGGACUCUUGUUUAAAUCUUAACUAUACAGGAAGUGGUGCAUUUACUUUCACACUCAGAAGUAAUAUUGUUUGUGUUACCUUUCAUUCAAAAUUUGACACAUGGCAGUCUUUGAGAUCUGUUGAAAUAUCAUAUCUUACAAUGAGUGUCACUAUUUAAGGAAUUUGUGAUGUAAUUAACAACAUAAAUUCCAGAAUGUAAUUACUACUCAUAAGAAAACAAUAAUCCCAUUGUAUUGUCUUGUGAAGAGGUGUCAGAAUGAUAAAGAAAAAUUAUAAUAACCAGUAAAGUAAGGUUAAAGUAAAAUAUUUUCAUGAAAAUUUCAAAUGAGGCUGUUAUUGCAAGAGGGGGAUAACCCUCAUGGCCCUACUUUCGAGAAAAUACGCUUUAAAGUUAGCCACUUGUUACGCAUGGAAGGAAGGGCAUACUAUGCUAUUAUCAUACAUCAAAAUAAAGGUCUCGAAGAGUUC